AUGUCCCCGAGAGAGGCAUCUGCUACGAUUUCUUUUGCAAUAGUUGUUGAAAUGCUCUUCUAUUUAGCGGGCGCAGCUUUAUUAAGGACGCUUGGCGUUUAUCCAAUGAUUGCUUUAGGCCAAAUAAUAAUGGUGGCCAGGUURUGGACGCUGUUUUUUGUGCCAUCGUCGUCCAGAUAUGAAGUAUUUGUGUUAAUUGAGCUUAGUCUAGGUGUUAUUUGCGGGUUGUUUCACCCAGCAUGUGUUGCCCUCGCUAGCAAGUUAUCUCUUAAAGGUAAAGAAAGCACCUGCCAAGCAAUAUUUAACGGCGUAUACAAUGGGAUCGGUGGAUUCGCUGCCGGUAUUUUUGGCUCCUACUGCCUUUCCUUAAAAAGCAAUAUUUUGAAUACUUCUCCCUUUCGUUUUAUGCUCUUUUUGGUUGCCAUUAUUUGUUCUGCGUGGUGCUUUUCUUUCAUAUUAUUGUAUCGAAACUGGAUUAAAAAAUCGCUGAAAAGGGGUAGCGAAAAUGACCAGCACAUGACUCUUGCUAGACCGGCUGUAAAUGCCCAAAAUAACAUGUUGAAUUUUUACAUCAGUGAUAUGCAGGUACCUUCUCCCCUCAUCAAGGCUACAUUGAUCUGUGUGCUUUUUGUUUUUUUUGGAACCGUUAUUAUGUAUUUUGGCAUUUUCAGGGACUCAUCCAUAUCAACGGCAUCUGAUGCUUUACAGAAUUCACCUCAAAAAGCCUCUUCGGCAUCUCCCGCGGCCCUGCUUACGCCAAAGGCCAAAGGAUCAACAGGGGCAUCUACACAGCUCACACAGGCUAAUUCGACGGAAAUAACUAUUCCCGUGUUUUCGCAAGUAGUUGACUUCUUGAACACAAAUUUUAUGAAAUACUGGUCUGAGAUCACCAUCGCCUCAGUAUCUGGCAUUUCUGGUGCCAUAAUUCUCGCUCUUUAUCAGAGAUUUAUAAAGAGCUCGCGUGAAGAACAUUUUUCAAUUUUCACGAUAUUAUAUUUCUUUUGGAUGUUCAAAUAUUCGUUCCUUUAUUUGACGAUCUUCUGGACCGUAUUAAUGCUCGUUUUUAGAUUGUUUGCUAAAAUUUACAUUUAA